AAGAACUCACAGACAAACAUGCAUCUGUCUUUCAUUUCCCUCUGUGGCCUCCUCAUCUUAAACCUGCAGCUGGUCAGCACAUUUCCCAUCAGCACCAGCUUGACCGACACUGACAUGGACGUCUUAAAGGUGCUCCUACACAGACUAGAGGAGUCCCUUUCAGAGCAGACUCAGGUGGACCAGAGAGUCCCCUCAGAGGUGAAUGAUCUGGAGAAGGCAGAAGACGCACAGCAGCUCCAGACUGGACUGGACGAGGCUGUGAUCAGGGAGUUUCUCUCAGCCAAGAACCUGAAGAGCAUCCGAAACGAUGUGUCCAAAAAACCCUCUGGCUGCUUUGGUCGACGCUUGGACAGAAUAGGCUCCAUGAGCUCGCUGGGCUGCAACACAGUCGGCAAAUUCAAGCCAAAGUAAAGAUGAAGUCUUACCAUGGAAAUUCUGGAACUGCAACGUCUCUACCGAAGAUAUUUUUAUGUGAAGG